AAAAUCUUUAGACUCUUAAAUGAAUACACCCCCUUAGUAUCUCUCUCAUUGUGGACGAAGAGAGCUUGCUCUUCCCAUUUGAUUUCAGAGUCGAGAUCUGUGUAGAUCUGGAGAUUUAGAGGUAGGGGCAUUUGAGUUAAUAGAAAUAUUGGGGGUUUUGAACAAAUGCACAGACGACUUCUAGGCAACUUGCUGAUAGGAAGGUGGAGGGGUUCGAGAAGAACAUAACCAAGAGAGGUCUCCUACUACUUUAGUUUAGGUUUUGAGCUGCAAGCAGUAUGAGAAAAUUAGCUCUAGGAAGAAUGUCUGGAGUUUCAUUGAGCUGGAAACAUACAUGUGGAAGCAACUUGAUUUUCGAGAGUGAAACUGGCCUCGGGUCUGGAGUCCUACAGCUGCUUAGCGAUGUUGCUGGCAAUAGUGAAGGAUACCCAUCUGGAGGCACCUGAAGAGUUCUCGAAGAAGGCUACACUGUUAUUUGCUCAUGUUGCUGAUAAGUUUUAUGCCAAAGUCAAUGAUGAUGUUUAUUUAAAUAUUGGAGCUGCACUUGCAACUCAUUUAGACAAGCCUUGCGUUUAUAUUGGGUGCAUGCAGUCGGGCGAAGUUUUCUCUGAGCUGUGGUAUGAACCAGAAUGGUGGAAGUUUGGUGAAAAAAAAUCGGAAAGUUGGUUUAGGGAUUUGGAAGGUUCUACAUUUGGUUCUUGACCGUGGUGAGAAGAUUGAGUUGUUGGUGGAUAAGAUUGAUAACGCAGACUAAAGAUUUCAAGCAACAAGGAACAAAAAUGAGAAGGAAGAUGUGGUUUCAGAAUAUGAAGAUAAAGUUAAUUGUUGCGGGGAUUGUUUAGGCAUGUUAGGAUCAGAGAGGAAAAUACUCCCUUUUUGAUAUCAAUUUACUGAAUACAUUUUAUAUAUGGUGGGAUUUGAGUUAAUUUGAUUGUUUAGAACUUUUGUAACAAUUAGACAACAAGAAUAAAUGAAAAGUAUUGUCCAACA